ACAACCAUCUUUUCCGAGUGUGCUCAGAACAUGGUGGUGGUCCUGCUGGUGAAUGCAGCGCCCGGGUAAUCGCCGUGUUCUCAAUCUGAAGCCGUUCCCUUCAACAGACUCGUUCAGACGGGAGAGGAGAACCGAGAGUGAACGGAAGAGGACGCAACGUGACACAGCUGCGGCGCGUUCGCCUGGCAUGAGCUUGCCAACGGAAAAAAGCGGACUUGUACAGAGUAUUGGAGGAAUCCUAAACAUAAACGGCGUAUCUUCUUGGAGACCUGGAGGGAAUAAAGUAGAGGAUAAAGUUGGAGCAUUGGCAUGGGAUUUCAAGUGUGUAAUGGAGUGUGAGGAGGGCACAUACUCAUUCUUGCCCUGAACUCCACGAGUGUUAAACUGCAGCCUAAUCAAGGGACUUGAGGCCUGGGGAAAAAAACUUUAGUCUUUAUUUUGGACACUUUGCACUGAAAUGACUGGAGAUUACACACAAGUAACUGGUUAAGAAGGAUUACACACAACAAACAAGGAUAUACUUCCCUUCAGCUGACUUUGACUUGUAAGAUUGGCUCGUUGUCAUCAGUAUUUUUUCCUUCUUUAAAGCUUAAAUCACCAUAUUAUUUAUGUCUUCUGGAGUUGGCAGAUCUGCACAGCCGCGUUGCACCCACACGCGAAGCGCUGAUGUCAUUUAAAGUUCUCGCGACUUCUCGACGUCAGCUUGAUUUUUCACGCAGCUCGCGCUUGGAAGAAUUUCAACGACUUUAUAAAAGCUGGAAAAUUCACUUUUGAUAUCCGGAGUGGGUGUUCAGGAAAGGACGGGGCUCCUCCAUGGGAACAGGCCCUCUUUUUACCCUCGACAGGGGCAGAAGUGGGGCAGUAACGGAAUGUUGUCUGAGUUUGUACGAAAAAAGGGCAGCCGUAACGUUUUACCGUCUUAUUUUUAGUUUUUACCCGAUAUUAAGAUGAAGACGAGUGUCGCUUCAUGUCAUUAUGAUGUCACAACCUAAGGGAAUAGAAUGUUAGAGACAUUAAAAUCGAUUUGAAGUGAUUUGUGUCGCUCAAAGGGGGAAUUUAAAGCGUUUUAAAAGUUUCUCAGAAAUUCGCGCCUUUUUUUUACAGAUUAGUCUAAACCGAAGAACAGCAACCAUUACGUUUGACAUUUGACUGAAAAAUGACGUUAAACCGAAACCUACUGCGAUAAAUGUGUAAAAGCUGGCAUUUGAAAAUAUGAAAUUUAAACUGAUGUUACCUUCGGAUGUUUUUAUCAGCUUUAUGAAAGGGAAAGUAAAUUCAAACAUUGCAGAGCAUUGGAGAGGGUGUUUGAGGGACAGCGUUGAUGACUCAUGACCAGUGUUGGGUGUAAUGCAUUAAUAAGUAAUUAACUACUGUAAUGACUUUUUCUGGAAAAAGUAAGGGAUUACUCUUCAUUUUUCAGUAAUUUAAUUACUGUUACUUAUGAUGUAAUUGCAUUAAAUACUGUAUAGACUAUAGAAAACUUCUAUAUAAAACAAUAGUAAAUUUAAAAUCGAAAUUUAACUUCUGAUAUUAAAAUGUAUGUUUCUUAAUUUAACGCUGCCCCCUUAAAUUCUUUGGCCAGUUCAAGAAUAAUUUAUGUGAUUUUAUAUGAUUUAUUUGAAAGAAUUAAAAGAACAGUUUCAUGUCUAUUGUUGUAUUUUUCAUCUGGUCGAGGUUGAUGAGGGUUUUAAAAAGUAAUUAGUAAUAUGUAAUGCGAUUACCUUUCAGACAGAGUAAUUAGUACAGUAUUCUAAUGACACUGUAUCAGAUGUAAUUAGUAGUUAGUAAUUAAUUACUUUUUUAGAGUAACUUACCCAACACUGCUCAUGACUGGAAAAAAAAGUCAUCUAAAAACUGCUUCAGGACACCCGAUUUACACCAACCGCCCACAUUUCUUUUAAUUUAAAGAUACGUAGGACACUUGCUCUUGUCGUUUUGAAAUUGAACUAAAAGCGAUGCGCUGGAAAAAAAGGGACAGAGUGGAUGACCGCGUGCACGGAGCAAAAGUACACACAGGCGCACUCGCAACUGAGCCAUAGAAUAUAAUGGAAUCCGAGUGCUGACAUCAUUGGAGCACGGAUAAGGAACUGCUCAAGAGUCCAAGACGGUCCAUCUCUGGAUAGUACUUGGGCAGGACUCUUUUCAAAUAGGAACUUUUUACUGCACUCAUAAGAAUAUUUUUCUUUAUAUCAAGUGCCACUUCCUUUGUACAGUCAGCAGUAGCUGAAAUGUGAUAAUUAAAAGCCAGUUGUUGUUUUGUUGCCAUGGCAUUACCACAGCAGCACCAACCACUUCAGGAGACCGAGGUUAGCUGUGAUAGUGAAGGGGGGGCCGUUACUGUGCAGAUAACUGACGCCUACAAUCAACAGGUGGGCCCAGGCCGAGAGGGUGAGUGUUCUGAUGUGCCCAGCGGCAUGGGUUCCUCCAAGCCCUGCAAAUAUAGUAUCUCAUCCAGCUGCAGCUCUGGGGAGUUAGGUGGACCCAGGGUUACCAUGACUCAUCUGAGUAAUCAAAGGAGAGUUCCACCACUGUUUGAAAGGUCUUCCACGCAGUGCUGGGACCCUAAAUUUGACUCAUCCGUCCUGGAGGAGGCAUGCAGGGAGCGGUGCUUUCCCCAGACGCAAAGACGAUUCCGCUACAUCCUCUUUUACCUCACCACCGCAGCGCUCCUUUGGGGGGUGUACUUUGGGAUCAAUAGCUCCAGGUGUAACCCUACAAACUUCCUGGUCCCCACUGCAGGGUUCCUCAUAAUCUGCCUCCUCCUUCUCUGGUUUACCUUCUUGAGGCCGUAUGUGCGUCUCUAUAACCAUGCCUCCUUUAUGCUUACAGUGAUUAUGUUCUGCAUCACGUUAGCACCACAGACCCAGACCGCUUACUUUGCUCAUUUUGGUGGGCAGAGAGUGGGCAAUCAAUCACUACUACCCCCUGUUGGUGAGAAGUCUUCCCAAUAUGCUCCUUGUAUAUCACCUGUUGGAACAUUUUCCCUUUGUAUGGAGGUGCUGCUCUUGCUGUACAGUGUCUUGCAUCUACGGCUGUAUGCCUCUGUGCUUCUUGGACUCCUGUAUUCUGUGCUGUUUGAGGCUUUAGGGUGGCUGCAGCUGGCUCUAUUGGAUGGUAGUGAUGUAGGGUCAUGGGCCAACGGCGAAGGUCCAAGUUCGGACUGGGAAACGUUGAGGUGGCUCGGCCCAGGUAAAGCCAUUUUGCACCUGUGCGCCCAUGUCAUCGGCAUCCACAUAUUCAUUAUGUCUGAAGUGCGUUCUCGGAGUACCUUUCUGAAAGUAGGACAGGCAAUCAUGCAUGGGAAGGACCUUGAAGUGGAGAAAGCGCUGAAGGAGCGAAUGAUCCACUCCGUCAUGCCACAGCUGGUGGCGGACGAACUGAUGAAACAGGGAGACGAAGAGAGCGAAAGCUCAGGGAAACGAUACAGCGCAGGUACAUGCUCUGUUGCAACAGCAUCUGCAACAACCUCGUCCAGCCCGAAGAGCAACAAGCGUAAGAAAAACUCAAUCCCACGUGGACAAAUCAUUUUCAGACCCUUCAACAUGAAGCGCAUGGAGCCGGUCAGCAUCCUCUUUGCUGACAUUGUGGGAUUUACCAAAAUGAGUGCCAACAAGUCUGCCCAUGCCCUAGUUGGACUGCUGAAUGACCUGUUUGGUCGUUUUGACUGUCUGUGUGAGUUGACCCACUGCGAGAAGAUCAGUACUCUAGGAGACUGUUACUAUUGUGUGGCGGGCUGCCCUGAGCCACGCACCGAUCAUGCCUACUGCUGCGUGGACAUGGGGCUUGGGAUGAUCCAUGCCAUUGAGCAGUUUUGCCAGGAGACGUGUGAGACCGUGGACAUGCGUGUUGGCGUCCACACUGGCACUGUGCUCUGUGGAAUUCUUGGAAUGAAGCGCUUUAAGUUUGAUGUCUGGUCCAAUGAUGUCAACUUGGCCAAUCUAAUGGAACAGCUGGGCGUUGCAGGGAAGGUGCACUUGUCAGAGGUCACGGCAAGUUUUCUGGAUGACCGUUAUGAGAAAGAGGAUGGAAGAGUGUUGGAACGUGCCGGGCAAAGUGUUAAUGACCAGCUGAAAGGUUUGAAGACUUAUUUGAUCUCAGGUUGGAAAAUGGGCUCGCGGUGUAGCUGUUCCCAGGUCAGUUUGGGGCGAGAUUUGGGCGAGAUGUUAAGUCAAUAUCCACACACUCGAGACCUCACACACUCCCCCAUCGCAGAGCCUCUCUCACAUGGCAAGUCUGUGUGUACAUCCUGCAGUGUCUCAGUAGAUGCUGGUGGGAAUACAAUAGCAGAUGAGGCAACUCGAAAUGGUUGCCAGGAUGAGCAUAAAGCCAACAGUAGCAAGUUCCCUGCAGGCCGUAGCCCUAAAACCCUGAACGGACUGCUGAGCCCUAUGUGUGAGGAAGGCGUGAGGGUCAGCCAGUCCUCCCUGUGUGACAAACUCCAUGACAAAGACAGGAGCUGGGCAGGUGGUCUAUCUGCAGAAGGAGGCGGCGCUGGCAUGGACCACUCUGCUAUCCUCCCGCUACGCUCCAAAAACUUCCAGGAGAAAAGCGAUGCACACUUUGUGGAAGUGAUAAAGGAAGACAGUCUGAUGAAGGAUUAUUUCUUCAAGCCGCCCAUUAACAAGCUGAGUCUGAACUUCCUGGAAAAGCCUCUGGAGUCAGCUUACCGCACAAGCUAUCAGGAGGAGGUGGUAAACCAUGUGCCGGUGCAGACAUUUGCAAGUCCAGUGUUCAGCUCUCUGCUUGAUGUUCUGCUGUCUUGCGCUGUUUUCCUCGCACUGACCAUCGCCUGCUUCCUGUAUCCCCUUGUUACCACGGAGACACCCCGGGCAACCACACUUGGUCUGGUGAUCACGGCCGCUCUAUUAGAAUCUCUCACACUGUCUAUCCAUAUGACCUUUUGCCUGGACGAUGUACAGAACUGUUCUCGCUCUCUGCUGAAGCUGGGGUCUGGCUGGCUUUCACGUCAUGUGAUCGGGGCUGUGCUCGCGUCCCUUCCUGCUGUGUCCGUCUUCUCCCACCUGGUUUACAGUCUUCAGCUGCCUAUCCAGGCGACCAUGUUCCUGUGCUGUGCCCUCAUUAUUGCCAUUAUCCAGUACUGUAACUUCUGCCAGCUGAGUUUCUGGAUGCGCUCUGUUCUGGCCACUGUAGUUGGGUUGUCUUUGCUCGCCCAGCUUUACAGCGCCACCUCCAGGCCAAGCACCACUGACAGCUCUCCAGCUUUUGGGAACAUUAGUAAUGUAAGCACUGAAGUAAUUCAGGCAGGUGGGUUGGACUCGGCACCUACAGCCCUCGACCUGCUCGUCCCAGAGACUGUGCUUUCUUUCUUCCUUCUAAUGCUGCUGGUUUGGUUCCUCAACCGAGAAUUUGAGGUCAGCUACCGUCUGCAUUACCAUGGAAAUGUGGAAGCCGACAAGCAUCGCAUCAAGAUCCAGACCAUGCGAGAUCAGGCGGAUUGGUUGCUACGGAACAUCAUCCCCAUUCAUGUUGCUGAGCAGCUGAAGGUGAAACAGAGUUACUCUAAAAAUCAUGACAUUGUUGGGGUCAUCUUUGCAAGUAUUGUGAACUUCAGUGAGUUCUACGAGGAGAGCUAUGAGGGCGGCAAAGAGUGCUACAGAGUACUUAACGAACUCAUCGGAGACUUUGACGAACUGUUGCGCAAGCCUGCAUUCUCCAACGUAGAGAAAAUUAAGACCAUUGGUGCCACCUACAUGGCGGCAUCAGGAUUAAACGGGCAGCAGUGCCAGGAGCAACCACAUCCGCAUGCCCAUCUGCGCGCCCUCUUUGACUUUGCCCUAGAGAUGAUGCAUGUGGUGGAUGAUUUUAACAAGAACAUGUUGGGCUUCAAGUUCAAGCUACGAAUAGGCUUCAACCAUGGUCCCCUGACUGCCGGUGUCAUCGGAACUACCAAGCUGCUUUACGACAUCUGGGGCGACACGGUCAACAUCGCUAGCCGCAUGGACAGCACAGGAGUAGAGUGCCGCAUUCAGGUUAGCGAAGAAAGCCACUGCGUACUCAGCAGAAUGAACUACACCUUCGAUUACCGUGGCACUGUGAAUGUGAAAGGUAAAGGGCAGAUGAGGACUUACCUGUACCCUAAACUGAGCGAGAGUGGACUUGGGUCCACACAGAUCCUGGAACUUCAAGCCCAGGCGGAUGGCGCUGUUGGGCAGUUAGAUCCCAACACACUUGCCAAUACAACAGUAACAGCAUCCUCUGCAACACUAAACCCUCUAUCCACCUCUCCCAAUGUUGCCUCUGUCAGUGGCCAUGGUGUGCCUCAAGGGCAGGUAUUAGGCCCGAUUCAGAUUAACGAGGAGUUGCACCAAGACACUAAUGAAGCUUUCCUUGUCCCUGAGCUCAAAGAAAAGGAUUAUGAGAGUCCUUAUCAAGCACAAUUGCUUAGUGGUACACAAGCUCCAUCAAUAGCACAACUGUACGCUCCAUUAGCCAGACCAGAGACACCUUUACAAGAAGAGGAAGAAGCUGAUGAGCAUACAAAGCUCAGGGCAGUGGAGUAAUUAGGAAUUCCUUCUAACUUCAGCUGAGCAGUGUUCCCUUUUCAAGAGCUUUCAAUAUUGAGGCUCUACUUCUUUCAAGGGGCUUUUUCGACCACAACUAUUGGAGUUCCAGCAACUUUAGCCUAUAAUGAGCAUCUGUGUUGAUAAUGACCUUAAAAAUUAAGGAAAAAGGGUGUUGUAAGCCUCUGCUGUGUGGAUCACAGUGUAGCACAGAAUGGAGGAGGAAAAAUGAGUGUAGAUAAAAUUUCUGAUGUUCUCUUAUGAUUUGCUGUUUUUUUUUUGUUUGUUUUGUUUAUAAAGCGCCUUCGGAUAGAUAUGUAAACUGAAUAAGAUGGGCGAAAUGAUCAAAUCAAAGAGAUUUAAAAAACGUAUCGCCGUGGACAGUGAAAAAUGCUGUUUUACAUAAUGUAACAAUUUAAUGUAUUGCACCUUUUUGACCAUAUCCAUUGUUUUUUCUUUCAGUAUUUUUCUGUCUUUGAGACAAGAAAUCAAAAAAGUGCCAGUUGCCAAUAAGGAAAAGCAAUUACAGCUUAAUGUAUUGUGGGUAUUUUAAUGAAUAUUCAGUGUAUUCAUUUUAUUGCUCUACUCCUAGUCACCUACUGCAGGUAGUGAUAGAGGUUAAGAUGGAGAGAAUGGGCACUUCUGUCCACAAUGCCCAUAUAAACAUUUAAUAUGUCUGGCAGAAAACAAUGUAGCGUUUUAUCAGUGGGAGGCAGUGAUUCACGCACAAUAGUACCCUAAACUUUUAUUGAAAUGGGUGAAGCACAGUUAGCCUUAUCUGUUUGAAACACAAUCAGAUAGUAGAAACUGUGCUGAGCACCUCCACUUCAUUAGACAACACAAGGGCCUGAUGAGUGUACCAUCUCAAUUGCAUUUGUAAAUUGACUGUUUAAUAUGACAGCAAGUGUAUUGUGUUUGGAGGUUAAAAGCAUUUGUACUUGAUUUAAAUGUGUACAGUAGUCAUUGAACUGUGAUGUAACCAAAAAAAUGUAGACUCCAAUGAUUAAGUGUUUCUGAUAUUGUAUACAUAGAUACAAAUAGUCCCUUAUUCCUUGUCUUGCAGUUCUAAAGCACAAAAAUGCCUAAUAGAUUUUUUUUUUUAUAUAAAGAAUGGCACUUAAUAUUUUAACACAGCAGUAUAACUAGCACUGUGUUUUCUCCCAAAUAUAAACUCUCCAACCAGUGAGGCCUUAGAUACGAUAGGGUGUUCGUUUAAACAAAGACUUUGUAGGUAAAUUGCUUAUGGAGUAAGUAGUUUAAAACACAUUGUCAAUAUUAUCCAAUGCCUCAACCGCUUUCAUAUCAAACAUGCUUGCAGUCAGUUAUCAUUUUUCACUGUGAUCAUGCCAGGAGCUGCUGAAUUGGUAUCACCAUAGUUUUUAUUGACCACCACGCACUUGUGAUCCCUUGUUCAUUACAUUGCCUUGAGAAAGAAGGUUCUGCUAGUGUUGGCGCAGUCGAUGUGCGACUUCAAAUAGAGUUGCAGUUUUGGUGUAAAGCAUUCUGCCAUUUGUUUUUCAGAUGAUUUGUAUCUUUUGGCUAUAAAACACAAUUUAUUUGUAAUUCUUGGAGUUUGACAGUAAUGAAAUGUGCUUAAUGUAUUACAGAGCAUGCCAAGCCUGUAUUGGGAUUUGACUGCUGCUCAUUGAGUUUGAACCAUUUUGUUUGUAUCUGUUUUUUGGUUUUUUUUUACUUCAAGACAAAUGUGGAAAAGGUGGCGUGCAGAGAAAAUAUGAUAUUUUUUUUCUCCUUUGCCUGUUUUUUUUUUUUUUUGGUCUAUUAUGGAUUCAGAACACUAGAGAAUAAUGUGUAGUAUAUAUUGCAAUGUGUCACAUUUCAAUGAUACACUGAAAAAAACAAUUCUUUGUAUUUUUGCCUUUUUUCCCUGUUAAAAUACCUAUACAUACUUAAAACAAGAUACAUUUUCUUGAGAAGCAAAGUGACAAAAGAUAUUUUCAGAGAAAUCUUAUGAAACAUUUAUGCUUAUUAAAAUAUUUGGCCAAUGGGUAAGAAGAAAAAAAAAACUUGAUUCAAUCUUCAAAACAAGUUUACCCUGUUGACAAGUAGUGUUUUCUUGUUUUAGGCAUAAACCCCACUAAAUUUUGUUAGAUUUAACUGAAAACAAGACUUUAUAUCAUGUAAGUCUGCUUCUCAAAUAUGUUUUUUUCUUGUUUUAAGGAUGUUUAGGUUUUUUUAAUGUGAAUGAGACAAAAAUACUCAAUAAGAAAAUAAUUUUUGCAGUGUAGUAGGAGGCGGCAAGUUUAGUUUCUCACCGAAAACCAACACGAGACCAGCAGUUGUGCUCUAAGGGUUGAUGAAAAUAUGUUUUCUUUUUUAUUAUUGUCUUAUUUUGUUUACAGAGCAAUCACUAGAUUGUUCUCAAAAAGUAAAAAAAAAAAGAAUCCAGUGCCUUUUUGGUGACUUUUCCCUCAUUUGUAAUACCAGGUAGCUGAUUUUGGUGUCCUCAAUAUCCGGGUAUCUUCUGAUACCACAACUUUCCUAAUAUCUGCAAAAUUGUUUUAUUGUAUCAUAUUAUUUCCUAUUUGAUGUGAAUUGUAAUUCCAGAUAUUUUUUAAAUGUACACUGUGUAUCUUUAAAUGGAACUUUUCGGGAUGGAAAAGGGAUUUGUUUUUGCUGUUAGUUAAUUGUUUUAAUGUGCACUGCUUUAUAGCCAAAACAUUCACCUAUGAGUUAUUGGAUCACUCCAUUGGCUAAAGAAGACCAGUGCUGACAGUAUUGAAUUACUUGUGCAUAAUAAUGUAUGUGGUUUUAUAUUAAAUACAUUUGUAUUUAUUGGGGCCGUGCAUGAAUCGGUGUGCAGCCACUGAGCCUAAUAUCAAAAGGGCAUAUUUAUGAAAGGGAGCCACUCAAAGCAGGGAGAGGUGAUCUUCACUUCUGUAUAGACUAACCACCUCAACUUCAGCUAACUGUUACAUAACAAGCACCUAUUUUAGUCCUCUAGAAAGUAAUAAAAGUGCUUCAGACUCAAAUCUACUAAAGUUUUUAAAGAUAUUUUGAAUGAUGUAAAAUGGGGAAGUGUGAAGUUAUUCUGUUUUCCACCAAUGUGCAUCCUUGUGCAUUUUAGUUUUAUUUUGUGAAAGAGGCUGGAGGCUUGCUUUCAGUUUGAAUAGUUUGUAUUCGUUAUUUUCCCCCAUCAAUGUCAAGUCAGUUUUCUCUGCACCAUUCAGUUUCUUAAAUGUAAUGAUUAAAAUUAAAACAAGCAUAUUAAUAUUAAGAGUGCAAAUCUAAAAUGCACAAAAACUAUUUGUUUUGAUGCUCAAGAGUGUAAAAAAUGUGCCCUUAAACAGUACUUCACAUGCUUUGAUUAUCAGUGUAUUGUUUUGGGCGUUUCUUUGUGCCAUUUGGGAAAAUGUUUGUGUAUACCAAAGAAUGUGUUUGUAUUGUGAACAGAAGCUGCAAGACAGAGCUGUGGAAUGUGGGCACGUUAUUUCUUUUCAAGCAGCACAUGUUCUUCAAUAAUUUGUUCUUGUGCGCACGAGUCACAAUUUAUUGUAUCACUCCAUUGGCUAAAGUCAAUUGUAUUGAUUUUAUUAGCCAUUAUAUUCAUACAAAAGCGUAAUCUGUAUACGUUUGCACAGUGCACUCACUUUGUAUGUACAUAUCAUGUAUUGUUCAUUUGAUUUUUAUUUUACAAAAUUGAUUAUACAGUUGAAGUCAGAAGUUUACAUACACUUAGGUUGAAGUCAUUAAAACUCAUUUUUUAAUCACUCCACAGAUUUCAUAUUAGCAAACUAUAGUUUUGGCAAGUCAUUUAAGACAUCUACUUUGUGCAUGACACGAGUAAUUUUUCCAACAAUUGUUUACAGACAUUGUUUCACUUUUAAUAGUCUAUAUCACAAUUCCAGUGGGUCAGAAGUUUACAUACACUAAGUUAACUGUGCCUUUAAGCAGCUUGGAAAAUUCCAGAAAAUGAUGUCAAGCCUUUAGACAAUUAGCCAAUUAGCUUCUGAUAGGAGGUGUAUUGAACUGGAGGUGUACCUGUGGGUGUAUUUUAAGGCCUAUCUUCAAACUCAGUGCCUCUUUGCAUCAUGGGAAAAUCUAAAGAAAUCAGCCAAGACCUCAGAUAAAACUGAACUACAAGUCUGGUUCAUCUUUGGGAGCAAUUUCCAAACACCUGAAGGUACCAUGUUCAUCUGUACAAACAAUAGUACACAAGUAUAAACACCAUGAGACCACGCAGCCAUCAUACCGCUCAGGAAGGAGACGCAUUCUGUCUCCUAGAGAUGAAUGUAGUUUGGUGUGAAAAGUGCAAAUCAAUCCCAGAACAACAGCAAAGGACCUUGUGAAGAUGCUGGAGGAAACAGGUAGACAAGUAUCUAUAUCCACAGUAAAACGAGUCCUAUAUCCUGAAAGGCUGCUCAGCAAGGAAGAAGCCACUGCUCCAAAACCACCAUAAAAAAGCCAGACUACAGUUUGCAAGUGCACAUGGGGACAAAGAUCUUACUCUCUGGAGAAAUGUCCUCUGGUCUGAUGAAACAAAAAUGUAACUGUUUGGCCAUAAUGACCAUCGUUAUGUUUGGAGGAAAAAGGGUGAGGCUUGCAAGCCGAAGAACACCAUCCCAACCGUGAAGCAUGGGGGUGGCAGCAUCAUGUUGUGGGGGUGCUUUGCUGCAGGAGGGACUGGUGCACUUCACAAAAUAGAUGGCAUCAUGAGGAAGGAAAAUGAUGUGGAUAUAUUGAAGCAACAUCUCAAGACAUCAGCCAGGAAGUUAAAGCUCAGUCGCAAAUGUCUUCCAAAUGGACAAUGACCCCAAGCAUACCUCCAAAGUUGUGGCAAAAUGUCUUAAGGACAACAAAGUCAAGGUAUUGGAGUGGCCAUCACAAAGCCCUGACCUCAAUCUGAUAGAACAUUUGUGGGCAGAACUGAAAAAGCAUGUGCGAGCAAGGAGGUCUACAAACCUGACUCAGUUACACCAGUUCUGUCUGGAGGAAUGGGACAAAAUUCCAGCAACUUAUUGUGAGAAGCUUGUGGAAGGAUACCCAAAACAUUUGACCCAAGUUAAACAAUUUAAAGGCAAUGCUCCCAAAUACUAACAAAGUGUAUGUAAACUUCUGACCCACUGGGAAUGUGAUGAAAGAAAUAAAAGCUGAAAUAAAUCAUUCUCUCUACUAUUAUUCUGACAUUUCACAUUCUUAAAAUAAAGUAGUGAUCCUAACUGACCUAAGACAGGAAAUGUUUUCAAUGAUUAAAUGUCAGGAAUUGUGAAAAACUGAGUUUAAAUGUAUUUGACUAAGGUGUAUGUAAACUUCUGACUUCAGCUGUAGAUGUGCAUGUGCCAGAUUUUGAGAGUAGAGAAACAAUGAAAGAUAUGAGAAGUUG